UUGAGUCACAGGAUUACUGAAGCUGCGCUCAGACGUGUGUAAAGACGUCUUCAGACGAGCAGCAGCUGCAGCGCUCUCCAUAUGAUCCUUCAGUCUCUUUACACUUCUGCUGCAGGAUGAAGAGUAUGACUUUAAUUCUUCUCAUCUCACUGUGCGUGUCUAUGGGGCGAUCUGACUUUGCGCCGUGUUUCUAUGAUAAUGGAGCUGGAAGCAGCAACGGAAACAUGGGGUUAUUCAGCAUCUCUGAAGACACAUCCGUUGGGUCUCAUGUUUACACACUGAACGGCUCUGACCCCGAAGGCGAGCCGGUGACCUACGACAUGACCUUUGAUAAGGGCUCCAAAGAGUACUUCAGCGUCGAGCCCAAAUCAGGGAACGUGACUCUCAUCCAAACACUGGACAGAGAGGUUCAGGAUGAGAUCGUUGCAUUUGUGACCAUCACAGAUGGCAGAAAUAAGGUUGUAGAAAAUGUUCGAGUGUUCAUCACAGAUGCUAACGAUGAAAAGCCUGAGUUUCUGGAUCUGCCGCUCGUAGUGGACGUCCCCGAGGACGCAGCUUCAGGCAGCAGCAUCUACAGAGUCCAGGCCGUCGACAGAGACCUCGGGUCCGGAGGAAGUGUGACCUACUACCUGCAGGUCAGACAGAACCACUUCCUGUGGAGUCACGCUUCAAUCAUUUAGUCUCUCUUCAAGGGAACAAGAUAAUAAUCAGUGAGGAUAUCUGAAUCUGUAAUGCCAGCAUUAAAUCUGUGUGAGGCUCAGUUUGUAGAGGACAGUCACAGGCUCGUAUCGCUGGCCAUCGAACAGAC